GGGCCUAGUGGCACUUCAGACUCUUCGUAAAUUAGAAGAGCUCACUGGGAAGCCUAUUCAUCAACUUUUUGACUACAUUUGUGGAGUGAGUACAGGUGCUAUAUUGGCAUUUAUGUUAGGAUUAUUCCAUAUACCUCUGGAUGAAUGUGAAGAACUUUACCGGAAAUUAGGAACAGACGUCUUUAAGCAAAAUGUCAUUGUUGGAACAGUUAAAAUGGGAUGGAGCCAUGCAUUUUAUGACAGUGAAAUAUGGGAGAAAAUGCUUAAGGAACGAAUGGGAUCCGAUGUUAUGUUUGAAACCACAAGAAAUCCUAAAUGUCCUAAGGUGGCUGCGAUAAGCACUAUUGUAAGCAGAGGAACACCCCUGAAAGCCUUUGUAUUUAGAAAUUACAAUCACUUUCCUGGAGUAAAGUCUCACUAUCUUGGGAGUUGCCAUUAUAAAUUGUGGCAAGCUAUCAGAGCAUCAUCUGCAGCACCAGGUUAUUUCCAAGAAUAUGCACUGGGUAAUGAUCUUCAUCAGGAUGGAGGGCUUCUUAUAAAUAAUCCUACAGCAUUAGCAGUGCAUGAAUGCAGAUGUCUUUGGCCAAAUGUUCCUCUUCAGUGUGUGGUGUCCCUAGGAACGGGUCGGUAUGAAAACCAUGGAAAAACCAAUGUCACUUAUACAAGUUUAAAAGCUAAAUUGACUAAUGUCAUCAGCAGUGCUACAGAUACUGAAGAAGUUCAUAUUAUGCUGGAUGCCCUUUUACCUCCAGACACCUACUUUAGAUUUAAUCCGCUGAUGAAUGAAGAUAUUCCUCUGGAUGAAAAUCGUAAAGAAAAACUGAAUAAAUUGCAGACAGAUGGCAUCCAAUAUUUAGAAAGAAAUGAUGAGAAGUUGAAAAAAGCUGGCAAAAUAUUAUCACAGGAAAAAAAUAUUUUACAGAAACUGAGUAACUGGAUGAGAUUAAAAGGUGAUAUGUAUGAUGGCCUUCCAAUUCUGUCAAAAUUGUGAAUAUUUAAAAUGUUUCUCAUCAUAGGUGCAAAGUUGUAUAUGAAAAAGGUUCAACAUUUGUUGAUCAUUAUGUAAUCAUUUUUUUUAAAUUCAAUGAGCAAACAAGCUAUAUAAAAUGCAUUUCUAUCUCAGUAGCUCCUCAGUAGCACACAGGAUCUGAGAGUCCUACAUGUAAGCAAAGGAAGGCCUUCCAGUCUAUUUCUUCCUUGUCUCCCAGUCUGUAACCCUCACACUUAGUGUUUCUCAGGGUCCUUCAAGCCAAUAUUCAGCAGGACAUGAAUAUGUAGAUCAGUAAUUAAGAUCAAUGCCAAUGCUUUUUUUUCUAUAAACAGAACACUUGUGAAAUUUGGGAUUUUAUGAUUUCUUGAAGUAUAUGAGUAUUAGUUUUCAGAAACUCACAUCAUUACCACUUAUAUUCAAGUACUGGUAUUUUUUUAAAAAAAAUGAUGUCUAAAUUUGUGACAAUUAUGGUACAAAGCAUUCAAUAUAUUAUGAAUGCAUAUAAAAAAUCAUGCUGUUUACAAAAUCAUAUUGUGCUUAUGUGUUAAUGGAAAAUUACAGCAUGAGAAGAAUCAUAGCAAAUAUGUUGCUUACAAAUAAUUGAGCCAGAAUAAAUCAAACAGUUUAAUUCCCAUUGAGAUUAAUGACAGUAAACAAUUUUAAAUCCAUUGGGAGUAGUUCAGCUAGUUUGCUGAUUGAAUUACUAUAUAUUAUAGACUUGCAGAAUAUUAUACUGCCAUUAAAUGUCAUGAAAAUUGUCUGAUGAUAAGAUUUGUGCAUGUAAACUGUUUUGUUUUAAAAUGUUACCAGUGUUUUGUAGUGUGUAAUGUUUUAACUGUUUUACUUUAUCCAAUUCAGUAUUUGACAUAUUGCAAUAAAAUCCGUCACACUUAAUAUACAUUUAUUUUUCAAAAAAAAAAUUGGGGGGGGGGGUUUCAGAGCAAUUACUUUGCUGUUUGAAAAGCAAAUCACUAGAACUGAGUCUUGUUUGAAAUAAAAUAAAUAUUGAAAGGUC